GCGGCGGCCGCAGUCGCAGGAAUAUGCUGGAAGCCGGCGGGCGGACGCCCGGGCGGUGCUGAAGGGACAGUUCCCGCCGCCAAACUUGCCCCGUGGCGGCCGGGAGGGUGGGGCGGCCCCCGACCCCGCGGGGGCACGUGAGCGAUGGAGACCAUCUGGAUCUACCAGUUCCGCCUCAUCGUGAUCGGGGACUCCACGGUGGGCAAGUCGUGCCUCCUGCACCGCUUCACGCAGGGCCGCUUCCCCGGGCUGCGCUCCCCCGCCUGCGACCCCACGGUCGGCGUGGACUUCUUCUCCCGCCUGCUGGAGAUCGAGCCCGGCAAGCGGAUCAAGCUGCAGCUGUGGGACACGGCGGGGCAGGAGCGCUUCAGAUCAAUAACACGAUCUUACUACCGCAACUCAGUUGGUGGGUUUUUGGUGUUUGACAUCACCAACCGACGGUCUUUCGAACACGUGAAAGAUUGGCUGGAGGAGGCAAAAAUGCACGUGCAGCCGUUUCGGAUUGUGUUUCUGCUGGUGGGGCACAAGUGUGACUUGGCUUCGCGACGUCAGGUGACGAGGGAAGAAGCCGAAAACCUGUCCGCAGACUGUGGUAUGAAGUAUAUAGAAACCUCUGCCAAAGACGCCACAAAUGUCGAGGAAUCCUUCACCAUCUUGACGAGAGACAUUUAUGAGCUUAUUAAAAGGGGGGAAAUUUGUAUUCAGGAUGGCUGGGAAGGGGUUAAAAGUGGUUUUGUUCCAAAUACUGUGCAUUCUUCCGAGGAGGCAGUGAAGCCCAGAAAAGAGUGCUUCUGCUGACUUCAGAUCAGCCAGAGAGCAGCGGUGGAGAGACUGGGGGUCAUCUCGGGAUAAGCACCAACAUUAACGGCAGAACAGUCACGACAAAGAGACUCCCGCCCGCCUCCACCCUCCUUCGGAAGGUAUUUAAUUCAGAUCGCUAUGCUUCCCUGCUACACGACCGAGUAUUUUGUUCAGUUAUCAGGCAAAGCAGACAACUUUUUCUUGAAACUUGAGCAUCUACAGAGUUACUCCCAUUCCUACUUCAUUAGCAUAUAGCUCACUUUAAUGUCCACGUAUAUCCAUAAUACUCAUUUUUCUUGACAAUUAGAAAUGGGUUUUGGGGGGUAUACAGUCCGACCGGAAAGAUUGUAUCAGGCCUUGCAUUCUCAUGAGUUAAUUUGUUGAUAUGGAAUAGUAAAGUGGAUUUCAGAGUGCACUGUUGGCUUACAAAGUAAACAAUCUCAGACGUGUCUUCAACUGGGACUAAAAUAACACUUCCUUGUAUAAGGUACCGCGUUUUUAACCAUUCUGUGAAAUGUUUACCUUCCCUUAAUUUGCCUGAACAUAACAAAAUAAGUUUUAUACUCCUUUUUGUUCUCUUAUUUACUGCUCCUGAUAAUCUUAUGUUUUAUAAAGAUAUCUAAGGAUCCAAGCAGAAUAUUUUAUUGCAAAUAUUUAUAAAAAUUAAAAACGAAGGACCGUUCAUCAGCUUAUGUUUUAAUGUUAUAGUAUAUUGUCCUUGUUUAGAUAAGAAAAACAAAUUUAUUUAUGUACAGGCAUUUUCAAAGAAAGUAAAUGCAACUUACCAUGAACUAUUGUCAAAACUAUUGAUAUAAGUAAAUAUGGAAGGUUUUUAGAGAUCACUUUGCUGUCCACAUAAGUUUCUGAAUUUCCCUAUUUCUGGUACAAGAUAAUUAUAGGAAAUAUUUCUGGACAAAGAAGAUUGGUUAGAUGUUUGAUAUAUUUGGCAUUCAAAUUGUAUUUCAGUAAAAUUAAAGAUAAAAUAAUGAGUUAGGGCUGCAAAAGGACUUCUGAGUUUUCUAAUUUUUAAUUUAUUGAUUAAAUUUUCCUCCUGCAGGCACAUUGUGAUCACAAACUCAUAUUUCAUAACCUACAUUUCCAUUCUCUUAAUCAUCCCUCAUCGCAGAGGGGCACCAAGCACAGCCCCUUUCUGAAAUCAUGGUUUUACUGUUAAAAUAGUAUCUCCAUUUGUUUGAAAACCAAAGUGAUAUGGUGGAAAGCAUAUUUAACGAAAAACCAGAAAACCUGGGUCCUAAGCUUGCGGUUUCUGUACCAGUACUUGGGCAUGAGUGAGUCACUUGACCUCACUGCCUGUCAGUGCUCUCCACUGUAAAAUGAGGCUAAUAAACCCAUUUGUUUUGCUUCGUGGGAUUAUUUUGAGAAUCAAGUGCAUCGUGUGAAUAGCUCCGUAAAGAAAAAGCAUUUUGCAAAGAUGAGCCUGGUAUCAGCUGCUCCUGGGCAUACUAUUAUUUUAUGUACAACAGUUGAGAAUUUUGUUUUCUCGUGUUCUUUCCUUUCGUGCCCACAUUCUGUGGAGGGAGCAGAAGAAGGUGCAUGCUUUCGUGGACCUGGGGGGCAUCUCUUGGUUUCGUGUAUGCCCUCCACCCUCUUGCUCUGAAACACCGCUCCUCCACUGUGGAAAUGAUAGGGAGGGAAAUCCCAGGAGACUUAAUUCAAUCAGAAGUCGUGUUUGAAUGUGGAUUUUGUACAUCUUUGAAGUAGGUAUUUAAUUAUAUUUUAAAUACUUGUACCUUUUCUGGGUUCGUGGAAGUAUUUCUAGUAGUGCUUAUGGAAAGAAGAAUAUAAAUGAUAACAUCACUGUAAUAUCGUGAAGAGUUCUAUUGUCAACAUUUUCUUGAUAUCCUUGUAUUAAUUUCACUCGAGGGAGUUCAAACUGUAAUUGAUCAGAUGAGAAGAGCUGUCCCCCAAACGUGAAGUCAUCUAUUUUCACUGCGACAGUUGUAAAUCUCAGAAACUGAGUAUCUAGCAACAAUUUAAAGUACAGGGCCCCUGUGCCUACUUGUAAAGCUAAACUAUAAAAUAUGACUUAACUUUCAGUGGACGCCCUUUAUAAGACUAACAUUAGGGUAAGACUAAUCAUCAGCCUAGAGGGCACAAUGUGUUCCAAGAUUUAGAAUAGAACCACAGAGUCCGAAGAAACAAAUGGAAAUGCAGGGCCCCCCAAAAUUGAUACUUAACCAAGGUCACACAAAAGCAGAAGCAAGCUAGAACUCUGCCUGGUCAGGGUUCCUUCCGUAUCCCUGCUGUGUCAGGGGUGUGUGCACAUGUGUGCGUGUGUGGCAAAGCAAAGCGAAAAUAUGAUCCAGCUGAAUCUACAAAAUACUAAAAUUGGGCCAUAACAAUCUGAACUUAUAGAAGAGUUGUUUGUGGUGCAAACAGUACUAAAAUGAACAGUAACUACAAAGAUCGGAGUUCUUUUAUUUAUUUUUUUUAAGAUUGUAUUUAUUUAUUUGACAGAGAUCACAAGUAGGCAGAGAGGCAGGCAGAGAGAGAGAGGCAAGCAGGCUCCCUGCUGAGCAGAGAACCUGAUGCGGGGCUCGAUUCCAGGACCCUGGGAUCAUGACCUGGGCCAAAGGCAGAGGCUUUAACCCACUAAGCCACCCAGGCGCCCCAAAGGUUGGAGUUCUUAUGCAAACUUGCCAAAUGUCUGUAUAACCUUAGCCAGAUAUUUUUUCCGUAUAUAUAUAGAUAGAUAUAGAUAUAUAAAAUAACUGACCUAUUUUCUUACACAUUAUUAUGGAAAAGAUGGAUAAUGACGCCAAAAUGAUAAAAAUAGUUGCUCCAGGCAAAACAUUUGGACUGUCUUACAAGUCAGAUAUACUUGAAUCAGAUGUACUUGAAAUUAUUUAAUUUAAAAUUCACUUAAUUUAAAUAUAAACCUAUUUAAAUUUAAAAUUCAGAACUAAUGGAUGAUGUAGCUAAUUACCAAACAUUUUGAAUAAACAUGAUAAAGAAGAAGUGAAAAACCCUCUGAUCGUAUAAUACACUGGUCCCUGACACUUUUCGUCUUGAGUUGCAUUAACUCUUUCAGUGCCUGAGUAAAUGGGAUGGUUCAUUAAAUGGUAAGCUUAAGCCAAAAUGAUUUUGUAAACUAAAUGUUUCUAAAUGUGGCCUUUGUACACCUAAGAGGAGCAAUCACGAUUUCUUUGAGAGUUUACACUAGGUUUCCAAAAGCCUCCAAGUCCUCCAUGAUUUUUUUUAGCGGCAACCAAAGUAGCCUUUAUUAUUGUUAAGAUAACUGCCAAUCUAUUUAUCCAACUUUACGGCAUCCAGAAACUCAAUCUGUGGAUUAAUAAAAUCCUUUUAGGGGUGCUUUUGAUUUUAUAUUGCCUUGGUUCCAUCACGUACAAAGCUUCCGCUGACUUCAAAGUGUGCACUGUAUUUGAAUAAUUUCCUUAGGUCUGACAGAGUCACAAGGAUUUGAAAGCCUGAAGACCCAUUGCAGAAGCUAAUUCAUUUGUUCCCCAGUAACUGCCUGGAGAGAUUUAGUUGGAAAUGCACAGGAAACGUGUAAAUCUUUAAGGGGGGAGGGGAGAAGAAGAAGAAAGACUAUAAAGGCUUUUAAAGUUAGAUCCCUUGAAUGUUAAUAUAGAAUAUAUUCCCAACAAGAAGCUUGCUCUUGGAAAUUCCGCAGCUGAUAAAUAGCCAUCUCUAUUUCAAAAUCUUUCUAAAUCCCAGUGUUUUCACCACACUUUCCUGAGCGACCAAUCCUCACCUGAUCUUAACUAACACUUUUCUCCUGAACUUGGAGGAACUGCUACAUGACUUGGUAUUUCCAUAAUCCUAAUCACCGAUGGAAGUAGACACAUGAGUGCUGAGCUGUGACAAUCUGUAACAAUCAUUGCAGACUCUGAUUCACUUACUACGCAUGAUGAUGGUAGAGAAUAAAUGAAGAGAAAAGAAAACUUUUGAAGAUUACUCUCUGGAAAAUUUGUUUGUCUUUUUUUAAAUAGUGCCUAAAACAUUGUCUUAUUGGUGUGCUCUAAAGUGACUAGUAAUCAAUGAUUAUUAUGUUGAAUUAAUCCUAUUAAAUGUGGAUUCCAUAUACAUAGUUUAAAUUUCUACAUUCCACAGAGAAACAAACAUGUUUGGCUACAAUCAUCUCUUGCCAGUUUUUUUUUUUUUUAGAAUGACAACCAAUGGAAGAAAGACAUGGUCUACAUUUUUUUCAAAAUGUGUUAUUAUUGUUAUUUGAUUUUAAAUAAUGAAUAAAAAGAAUGAGAAUAAGA